GGCCGCUCCAUCUCCCGCUGAGAGAGAAGCACGUGAGGAGAGCAGGGAGGCAGAAACGUGCAGUUAGAAAGCAGCAACCCCUCCUGAACGAUGUUUUCAUACCAUGCGCCUCUUUGCCAUCUCUGCACGGAGAACGCACGGCUUUUAAAACGAGCACGGCAACAGUGACGCGUCGAUGUCCUCACCAGCGUGUCAUCUCAUCUCUUUCCCAUCAGUCUAAACGCGAUGCCAUGUUCCUAAUGGCGAUGUAACGUACACUGUAAUCCUAGACAACAGGUGAGACUUGGAGAUUAGCUAUGUGUUUAUGAAAUGACACUCAGAGCAUCCAGACCUACAUUGUCGUGGCACAUUUCUAUUCUAUUUGUGAUUCAACUUUAUUCUGGUGUGUUCCAUUCUUGUUCAUGCUGGCAGAAAUGCAGUAAAUCUUUCCUGUGUAUUCUCAGACUGAGUCGUCUUUGAUCCAUUCCAACAAUUAAUGUUCCAUCACCUUCAAGUUCGAUCGGUCUAAAGUAUCCGCAACUCCCCGGAGACAUUUACAGAAGGGAAUAUUUGACCAUUAAUUGGAUUUAGGCAUGUAGCAUAACUCAUAGGCUGAGCAUCCUCUCCAGAGUGCACCAAAACCAGUACAGGCUUAAAACAUGUAUUUCCCACCAUCAUCCAUACACACCUGUUGCCAGUUCACAGGUAGCAUACAUCUUUAAGAUGAUCUACUUUAUGUCGUGCUACGUUUUAAAAUGAGAUCAACAUAAAAAUACACAAGAAACUCAGAAACUAUGUAUUUUGGCCUCAUAUGUCCUCAUCAUAUUUCCGUCUUAUCCAAGACGGCAUCAUGUUAUCGCUGUUGUGUGUGUUUGUUUGACAACUAUUUGACUGAUUACAGAUGCCUGCAUGUGUGUGUGUGUGUGUGUGUGUUUGUCAAUCUGCAUUAGUCACACACUUCUUCAAGUUGCUUUAUCUUCAGAGGGCAUCGCUUCCUCUUCCUGUGCAAGACCUUGCAGAUGGACUCGCUCUGCAUUCAGACGCUGGCCUGACGUCAUCACAACCUGACUGAAGACUUUCAAGUCACGAUGAAGAAUCUGCAGCUGAAGGAGUUUUGACCAACAGACACAGAUCAGCAGUGUGUGGUCAGAGGAGACAUUUGUCACUGGAUUGUGAACAAUGAGAAACAGCAGAAGACAUUUUAUUUCCUAAACACUUACUAGUGCACAGGUACCGUGCAGCCCAUCUGUUUCCUUUUGACUAAUUAGUUCUAAGUCUUGAUAGUUUCUGUCGAGAAUCAGAGUCGCACCCCUUACGAUGCACACCCCGGCCUCCAUGGUGACGGGGAUCGUCUUUGCCCCUUUGGGAUUGGUCCUCGUCUUCACUGCCGCCAUCACCCCUCAGUGGAGAGAGGGGCGGGCCCGUCUGGGCGCGGCAGCCUCGGGGUCACUUCUUCGAUCGGGAGGAACGGGUCAGGGGAUGGGGGCCAGGUCCGGGUCGGCGGAGGCGCUGGUCUUGCUGCGCUCCGAUGGACUUUGGGAAAGCUGCCUGCAGGUGGAGAACUCCGAGCUGAAGCAGUGCUGGCCCGUGGCGGGUCUCUAUCGGAGAGACCCGAGGGUUCGCCUGGCGCAAGGCCUGAUCCUCACCUCGUUGUUCCUGUGCGGCACUGGCAUCGUGCUCGCGUGCAUCCGGGUCCGGUGCUGGACAGAUAUCCCCCUGAGAGGCGUGGCAGCUGCAGGCGGCCUCCUGGUGGUGACGGCCGGGCUGCUGAGCCUGACUGCGCUCGGGGUGUACAGCCACAACCUGGCGCGACUGGGGAUGCCAGAUCCGAGCAAGGUGAUCAACAACCCCAGGGUCCACCACCUCAGCCUGCAUCCGGCCGGCUCGCUCUACUUCGGGUGGCUGGGUUCGUGUUUGCAGAUGCUGGGCGGCGGCGCUCUGCUGUUCAGCUUCAAACGGCCGAGAUGCCCGGCCUGCCCUUCCUGCCCGAAGCUACCCGUCUGCCCCGCAUGCCGUUCCUGUCCCGAGAUCACCGGCCAGCCAGACACCGAUGGACAUGAAGUCAGCUGUUAGAAGGUGAAGCUCACACUUAAAGUACUUUAAAGGUCAAAUGAAUGACCAGUUAUGUGAAUGUCCAAUCAGUGUUGGUGGGAAAUGGAGCCAAUCGAAGCUAUAAAUUCAUCAGUCAGGUUUUAAAUUGACUUACAUUCAUUUCCUGGAGAUUUACCUGAACAUCUGCAGCAUAAUCCUAAUCCUGACUCGAACCUUAACCUGAACCUAACUUUACCCGAACCUUCAACCAAGUCUUAACCCUAAAUUGGAAUAAUUGGCUUUAUGUGUCCAUCCCAAAUGUCCCUACAACACGAGUGAUACACACAGACUCCAAAGGAGAGCCAACAGUCUGGGUUUCUCCCCCGGGAAGGUCAUCGUCGUGAACUCGAAUAAAUACGUCUGCAUGUCUGAGUCAGGAAAACAUUUUGAAAUGCGUCCUCGUCCAUUAGGUCCUGUGCACUUAUAUUUUUGGAUGCCAUUUUUGCUUUUAGACAGAGAAUAAUAAUAAUUCAGACUUCUCGAGCGCUUUUCCAGGUACACAAAGACGCUUCACAGGGGACAAGAGACAAACAGAACAAGACAAAAAGAAAGCAGACAAAACAAACAAACAGGACGUGUGGAAACAAGAAGAGAGGAAAGCAGACUGGAGGAGCUGUGUGGGUCGUAUCGGGAUCAGGGGUCGUAUCGGGGUCAGCAGGUGAAAGAAUUGGAAGAUGUGUUUUGAGGGCUUGAAUAAUGGUAGGGCGAGAGCCUGACAGAUGUGGAUGGGGAGGGCGUUCCAGAUGGGGGGGGGGGGUGCAGCUGCUGAGAAGGCCCGGUCCCCCCAGGUCCGGCGCUUGGUCCUGAUGAUCUUCAGAGCCUGGCCACCAAGAUGAAUACAAGCUGCAUGUAGUUCUUCUUCGCCACAAACGAUGAUGAGGAUGAACUAUUGAUUUUGCAGCCACAAAUGUAACGUGCCGGGUCACUGGCACCGGCACAGGAAUGUAUUUCUCUGAUCGAUUACAUUUAAAAUCAACACUGAUUGGACAUCCGCAGAAAACAAUCUAAGAAAAAGGAAAUCCGGUCACAUGGGAACUAAAGUCCUUUUCAACUCAUCAGCUGAUAAAUCUGCCAACGAAGGAAACUAGUCAAUGUAAUAAAUGAGUGUGAACCAGAGGACAUUACCACUACUUGAUUACUGGACUCGUCAGCUCAAUGAGCGUCAAGGAGGUGCGGUACCUUGACGUAGACAGAAACAUCGUUUAUAUUUAGGUGUCAAAUUCAAAGUGAUGAAUUAAAGUAACGAUUGUUUCAGAAGUUCAUCGUGGUUGAAAGUUCCUACUGCCUUUGACUGCAACAUGUAGUGAAACGUGACUGAAGCAUCUUUGUGCUGCCUUCACUUUGUAGCCUUUGGACUGUUCGCUGUGUUUGUGUCUGAUCAAAACUGUGAAGUGUAAAACUAUUUGUGAUGAAUUCAAACGAGUUGCUUAGAUAAUGUUAGGCCAUGAAAUAAGAUCAUUGAACAAGCUUGUUUUAGUUCCCGUUAUGGAUUAAAAUAAUUAAACCUGAAUUUCCUUAUUCUGUUUUACAUUGAUGUAAUUGUUCAGUAGUUGCAAUCUUGCUUUUUUUAAUGUUCUCAAUUCAGGCCUCUUGGCCAGGUCAUCAUUGUAGAUGAGAAUUGGUUCUCAAUAGAUUUUACCUGGUUAAAUAAAGGUAUAAAAAAGAAGUCACUGGAGGCAAUUUUUAUAAAUCACAUUAUUGUUAGGACAUUACACAAUUAUCUACCUGCAGGGUAAAUCUUUAUUUAAUGAUUAUGAUAUUCCGGCCUCGAUAACCAGAACAGUGAGGAGAAGAAACGUGUUUGAGGAGGACGUACAACAGGAAGUUCUUUGUGCUUUGUCAAUUAUUCGUUGGUGUUAACGUAUCACAGCGUGUUCAUACUUGUUGGUGCAUUCUGUAUUAAAUAAAACAUUUCAGCAAUGUAUCACUG